AUGGUCCCUGACCUGGAGAAGAUUCAGUCAAAGGAAGUGUCUGCAGGCUGCAGAACUGAAGAACCAAUAGCUGUUCAAGUCCAAGAAACUGGAACCUCAGAACACAGGGACCAAAGAUUCAGUCUGAAUCUGAGACGAAAGACCUGGAAGCUUCCUGAAGAAGAGCUGCUGCGGCCGGGAAACCGGGCUGGACUUUCUACCGCUGACCGAGGGGAGCGGGCUCCGCUCGGUGCCGCCUUCUGCGACCUGGCCGUCAGCCCCACGUCGCCGGCCUGGAGGGGCGAAGAGAACGAGGGGGCCAAGGCUUCCUCCGGGGAUAUUGGCUCUCUGGAUUAUCAGGAGUCAAUAGUUGACAUUGAAUCCAGGCUGAGAAUGGAAGGUGUAGAACUGAAAGAAGAAUGGCAAGAUGAAGAUUUUCCAAUACCUUUACCAGAAGAUGAUAGUAUUGAAGCAGAUAUACUAGAUGUAACUGGACCAGAGAGCCAGCCUGGCUUACUAGAAGUUAAUGGAAAUAAAGUAAGAAAGAAACUAAUGGCUCCAGAGAUUAGCUUGACACUGGAUCCGGGUGAUGGCUCUGUGUUGUCAGAUGAUUUGGAUGAAAGUGGGGAGAUUGACUUGGAUGGUUUAGACACACCAUCAGAGAACAAACAGCUUUGUCUUGGAAACAAACAACUAACAUGCAGUAGGUUUCCCCUCCCCCCAUCUUUUGAUGAUCUUCCAAAACCCAAAACAACAGAAGUAAUUAGGAAAGGCUCAAUCACUGAAUAUUCAGCAGCAGAAGAAAAAGAAGAUGGACGACGCUGGCGUAUGUUCAGGAUUGGAGAACAGGAUCACAGGGUUGAUAUGAAGGCAAUUGAGCCCUAUAAAAAAGUUAUCAGUCAUGGAGGAUAUUAUGGGGAUGGAUUAAAUGCCAUUGUUGUAUUUGCUGUCUGUUUUAUGCCUGAAAGUGGUCAACCUAACUAUAGAUACCUGAUGGACAAUCUCUUUAAGUAUGUUAUUGGCACUUUGGAGCUAUUAGUAGCAGAAAACUACAUGAUAGUUUAUUUAAAUGGUGCAACAACUCGAAGAAAAAUGCCCAGUCUGGGUUGGCUCAGAAAAUGUUAUCAGCAAAUUGAUAGAAGGUUACGGAAAAACCUAAAAUCCCUAAUUAUUGUGCAUCCCUCUUGGUUUAUCAGAACACUCCUGGCUGUUACAAGACCAUUUAUUAGAGUUGAUCAAGAACUUAAUGGAAAACAAGAUGAACCGAAAAGUGAACAGUAAGUUUGGCAUCUAGUUCAAACAAGACUGAAGAAUGUGCUGAUGAAGCAAUGCUCUCUUUUGCAUUUAUAAUGCAUUUAUUGGCUUGCAUUUUUAUGUAAUCUGUUACAAAAUUGACUUUGUCUUAAUGGACUUUUGUACAAGGGGCUAUUUACUGCUGUAUUGGUUUGCAAAUCUCUCGAAUUUAGCUCUUUAAUGGUUAAUUAUAUUGUAAUCAUUUUGUAUUUUAUAUUGCUAAUUAGCAGAGAACUACACUUUAUAAAGCAGUUUUUGCAUUUGUUUAUUGAGUGAUGAUGCAUCUUCAGUAAAAUAUUUAUAUGCCUAAAUGUCAAAGAAAUAAUAUAUAUUUUUAUGUUUUUGAGCAAAAUUUUUUAAUGUAUACCUAUCUUGUAGAAGAAUAGGCAGGUAAAUAAGAUCAUGAUUUUAUAAAGUACAUGUUAGAUGUUUUGAUUUUGUAAAUGGUUGAAUACAUUUCCUGGGUAACUUUAGAAAAUUAAGUUGCUCUAAGGCAAGGGUCAGUUAAACUGAUUCUCUCAGAUAUCCAAAGAUCAUGUACAUAAUUUAAGUAGAUAGUACCAUCCCAAGCUUUUUUUUUUUUUUCCACUUAAUGUAUAUUGUUCCUUAAUUCAGAAGCACAAAUACAAGUGCAUUGUACACUUUUUCCUCUGAAAACAAGUCAAAAAGCCAUUUUUAGAACUAAUAGGUUAGAAGUUAGGGUUUGUACAUAUGUAAAUAUGGGAUAUUUUAUCUUCUGGCCCAAAGUCAGAACUGUUAUAAAAAUUUUUGGAUUUGUUCACUAAUGUGAAAUAAGCUGUGUGUCCAGGGUAUCACUCCCCAGAAUUCGUGUGAGUGCUUUGUGAUAUUGCAGAGAAUGUGAUGAGUGUUCACUGUCACAAUUUCUGUAGAAAACAGGGGCUGCUUUUUAAACUGCUCUCACUGUGGGCACUUUACCAAAAUACUUCCAUAUCAAUUAUUUGAACUCAGUAGUAGUUUGACCUAGUCAAAUAUGAUGUGCUUUCAAGUUUCUGUUGAAUCGAGUUUGACAAUAAUAGACAAUAAUACUGUAAAUUAAGUUAAUUUUGUAUGUCUUAGAGCAUCAUUAUAUUGCGCUGUUUGGGAUGAAACAUUUGAUAAGUAUGUAAACUCCUUGUUUCAUUUGGUAAGUACUAUUAUAUUGAAAUAAAUUGUAUUUGUGCCUCCAAACAGAGCUUAAUUAACCACAGAAUCAUUCUAAAACAACAGGUUUGUCCAGAAUUUUCAUAAACUUGAGUGACAUAUACUUAGUAAAUUUAAUAUUCUCCAUAUUUAAAGGUCAUGCUGUCCAGCAUGUCCUGUAAGCUAUUUUACAAAAAGAGAAGGGUAGAGUAGCAAAAUUGAAGUAGAUUUGUGCUUAGCUUUUUAAGAUUUGUUCUCUUCUGUACUGAUCGUACAAUCAUGGCUUUACCAUUGUCAUUUUUUUAAUAUAAAGUGUCUGCUAUAAAAGGGGAUUUUCCUUUACUUUUUGUCCUCAUCAGUCCUAAACUUGGCAUGCUGACUUAAGUCCAGUUAUGGGAGAUGCUAGAGGAUUCCUUGGAUGAAGCAUUCUUCAGCAGCCUUUUGACUGGGAUCCAGCAGCUCUAGACAGAUCCUUUAUUAAUGUCAUUACAAUGAAUUAAGCCAAAACCAUUAUUCUUGCUGAAAUCUUAGAAACACUUUGUAUUGAAGAAAUAAACUGACAAGAACUAUUCAGUUAUUCCUUCAGAAUUUGGGGAUUAUGAAUAAAGAUGUUGGAUUUAA